AUGUGCGAGGAGGGUGGCCCCCGGGGCCACCUUGAUCCUGGCAGCCACCAAAGGGUCCUCAUGAAAAUGGGCCUCAUCUUCCUCAUCAUCGGGCACCUCAGCUUCAUCACCGGUGCCCUUGUCCAUGCUGUCCUCCGCUUCAUGGUCAACCCCCGGGACGCCAUCUCCCUGCAGUACGCCGUCACCAACGCCGCCUCCAUCAUCUCCGCACUGCUGACCAUCUCCUGUGGAAUUGCUGCCCUCAUGCUGUCCCGCUACCUCGCCCCUGCCGCCCUCAAAUGGAUGGUUUUUGCUCUGAGCGCCAGCAGCAGCCUGGUCUGCCUGUCCUGCCUGCUGGGGCUGGCCGUCUCCAUCGGGCUGACGCUGGGCAGCCAGGGCUGGGUGCCGCUGGCCCCCUGCACCUCUGCCAGCGUCACCCUCGCCCCGGUCUCCCGCGAGUGCUCCUUCGAUCCCACCCGUGUCUAUAGCUCCACGCUGUCCCUCUGGGCCAUCUCCCUCCUGCUCGACACGAUGGAGAUCGUCUUCAGCAUCCACUGCCUCCUGCUUGCCGUUGACCUCCUCCGCCUCGGCCGCUGCUGCCGCAGGGUGCACCGGAGGAAGGUCUCCUUGCCCGCAGCCCCCGCGGGGAGCCCCGGCCCCAGGCAGCGUCUGGGCUUGCUGAGGCUGGACAGUGUGGAAACCGCCUGGCUCUGA